AUGGUGACAAAAAUAGUAAAGCGCGAGGAAGGAAAUAUGAAUCCGGUGGAUACGCUAAAUACGUUGGAUUUAGCAAAUAAUAAGAUAGAUAUUUUGAACGCUUUGAAUAUAGCAAAAGAUUAUGGUAAACCGGUUUAUGUGGAAGCACAUGGUGGUAAGAAUCAUGUGAUAAUGUAUCGUUCAAGAACCAAUCCUGAAUUAGCUAUUGAAUUCUUUUUCCGUUCAUCUUCUAAAGAUGGUCGUUCACGUUAUUAUCGUUGUACGAAAUGUUGGUAUAAGUAUAAACUGAACCGUGGUACCUGUGCAACGUUGAUUGUUCGAGAUGGUCGUAUUAUAACUGAUCCAGAAAAUCCGGUUGUACCACAUCAGUGCGAAUUCCGGUCUUUGGAAACUGUGAAAGCAAAUCGAGCAUGGAUUGCAAGUCGGAAACGAACAGCAAAAACUUCAAGUUUGGACGAUUUGUAUACAUCGGAUAUCUCAAUACCUUCGACCAGUGGGCUUAACCUUCGCGAAGUCCUGGAAAUUUGGUCUCAAUAUUCAAAUACUGAAAUGAGUAACGCUGAGAGUACAGAUGAAAAGGUGGAGAGUGGUGGUGAAACUGGUGGUACCAGUACUCCGUCGUCAACAUCAUCAAAAAAUGGCCGAAAUCUUGAUGAUAAUCCGGUAUGGGCAAGAAUACGAGAAAGGAUCACAGGAGUCGAUAAUAUUGACUUGGCAUGUGAAGAAUCUAUGGGUUUAUCUUCGCCGUCUGGUUCACCAUCACCGAGUUACAAAUUUUCAAAUAUGGACGAGGAUACAGCUGGUUCUUCUGCGCGACAGUUUUCUGUUGAAACGAACACUGAUAUGGCUGAAGAUACAGAGCAGAACAGCUAUUUGGAUGAUGCAUUUACUACAUCAAUGUUGAAGAAAAAUGAUGAAGCACUAGGAAAGUUGCAGCAGGCGAUUGAUAAUAACGAAAAUUUUGAUAUCGAUGAUGUUUCUUUAGUGGACAAUGUUUUUUCAUACAAAUUCAACAAUACAACGGAUGUACAGGACAAAAUUGCUAUUUGUGAAGAAUGGUUAUGUUUUUUGGCAAAAAUUACUCCUAUCGCUACAUCUCGAUGGCUUUCACAUUAUCAAUUUAGCAUUUACUAUACCUUUCACAUGCUAUCGCUUGUUUUUCGGCAUUAUGAAAACAGAGAUGAGAAGAAGCGUUUUUAUAAGAUUUCACUGCCUCUUUUCAAGAGUUUGUUGCAAGCAACAAAUUUAAUACCAGAGACUUCCGAGGAAAUCGUAAACACAAAAUUGGAUGUAUUGUUGAGUAUUUCCUUUAUUGCCGUGCAAUUUUAUGAUGUGAGCGAUCAGGAAAUUGUAAAAUAUAUAGAGCGAGAAAUGCGUUCUGUUGGAGAUUCAGUAGCUGGAAAUUAUUCAUCGGAAGCAGCAACACUGAUGGUGCAAAAAGUUUUCCGAAUCAGCAAUAAUUUAGAAGAACGCAAACGCUUGCUUAGUGGCAAAGUUGAAUAUACUUGA